AUGAUUACUUUAUCCAUUCGAUAUGUAAACAAUCAUCUUCUCCGUGCCCUUGUUCCAUUAGUUUUGAUUGUAAUUGGGUCAAGUUUGUUCUUAAUGGAUAAUUUGAAUACCUCUCGAGUUUCUCAAGUUUCUCAAAAGCUGAAGUAUGAGCGAAUGUUUGCUACCAAAACCAAGUAUUGGGACCAACGCAAUGCGAAUAAAGACGAUGUACUGUCAACUUUUCCUGCAAUUGCUAAUCUAACCUAUCGAGUACCGUUGCGAUCAGAAUUGAUAUUGAUUCAGACUCAAAUUGUAGCACGUCAUGGAAUUCGGUAUCCUACGGGUGAGAAUAUCCGCGAAAUGGAGCUUUUACUGAGGAGGUUAAAACCUUUUGAGAAUUUGUUGCCAACGUGGAUGCAAAACUUCACUCUUCCGUACAAUUUGAGUGUGGAGGGGGAGCUUGCAGAAGCUGGGGAACGUGAGCUACGUGAUCUUGGUGCUCGAAGUCUUGCUCGAAAUGGACAUGAAAGACCCCAAAUGUACUCAAAGAAGAAAUACCGUGUAGCACACACGUAUGUGACUAGAACACGAGAUUCUGCAAUUGCAUUUGCAUCCUCAUUUUUUGCAAAUGCAGAAGUUGUGAAGUACAUCGAGUACCCUCAAAAUAAGGAUGUUUUGCUGCGAUUUUUCGAUCAGUGCGCUCGAUAUCAGCGUGAGGUGAAGACGAAUCAGACAGCACAAGAACAACGCUACAUGUAUCAGAGAUCUAGCGUCAUGACCAACAAUGCGCAAUGGUUGAAGAGGGCGCUCGGCUUAAAGAAUGAGAAAGUUGUUUUUUCAGCUGAAGAUGUUAAAUCGGUGCAGUCUGCCUGCGCGUUUGACAUCGCGCUAUACCACCACGAGCACCACUGGUGCGCAUUACUGUCGGAAACAUUAGUUCAUUCACUUGACUAUUUGGACGACAUCGAACAGUUCUAUUGGAUUGGUGGUGGAUACAAGAUUAACUACGAAAUGUCGGCCGUGCUUCUGCGCGAGAUCUUCGCCACGAUGGAAGUAAAAAUUAGAGGAGAUAGUGCUUUUUUGGGAAGUUUUUUCUUCGCACACGCAGAGACCACGCUUCCGCUGAUGACUUUACUGGGGUAUGGUGACCGCUCACUCUUAUUGUCAAAUGCUACCGACGUCGAGAUUGCAUCUCGGGGCUUUCGGACAUCAAUCCUUUCCCCAUUUGCAGCAAAUCUUGAGUUCCGCUUAUUCAAGACGAAGUCAACUUCAGAAUUCUUCGUACAGAUUCUUGUUAAUGAGAAGGAAAUCCCAAUUCCAGGGUGUGGACGCGUAUUCUGUAAGCUGUCGAAGCUGCAACAUCUAUGGCGCUACUACUUGAAAACAUACGACUUUCGCGCAGACUGUCUGUUGUCAACGAAACUGCAUUCAAAUAGUGAAUACGUGAAUGACUUUUGUUACAUCUUUCAAUUCGACUUUGUAUCAUUGGCUACCACCGUUGAUAAUUCUAUUAGCUAG